CACACACACACACACACACACACACUCCUUCCUCCGCUCAGUGUGAAGGACGAAGAGACGACAACAGGCGGAACAUUUGGAAAUAUCGAAACAGGGAAGUGUGAGAGGAGCGCGUGAGCCUGAGGAGAGAGAGAGAGAGAGAGCGCGAGGCGGAGGAGCAGCAUGUUCAGCUGGGUGAAGCAGGAGCAGGGCGGCCGCAACAAGGAGGGGGAGAUGUACCAGACGGUGACGGAGGGCCUCCAGAGCCUCUACCUGAAGAAGCUGCUGCCGCUGGAGGACACAUACCUCUUCCAUGACUUCCACUCCCCGGCCCUGGAGGCCGCGGACUUCCAGAGCAAGCCCAUGGUGCUGCUGGUGGGCCAGUACUCUACUGGGAAGACCACCUUCAUCAGGUACCUGUUGGAGCAGGAUUUUCCGGGGAUGCGGAUCGGUCCGGAGCCGACCACCGACGGCUUCAUCGCCGUGAUGUACGGCGAGAACGAGGGCGUCGUCCCCGGCAACGCUCUGGUGGUCGACCCCAAGAAACCCUUCAGGAAGCUCAACGCGUUCGGAAACUCCUUCCUCAACAGGUUUAUCUGCUCUCAGAUGCCCAACCAGGUUCUUCAGAGCAUCAGCAUCAUCGACACUCCAGGCAUCCUGUCAGGAGAGAAACAACGAAUCAGCAGAGGUUACGACUUUGCGGAGGUGCUGCGGUGGUUCGGCGAGCGCGUGGAUCGCAUCAUUCUGCUGUUCGACGCUCACAAACUGGACAUUUCAGACGAGUUCUCCGAAGCCAUCAGAGCCUUCAAAGGACAAGACGACAAGAUCCGAGUCGUCCUCAACAAGGCCGACCAGGUGGACACGCAGCAGCUGAUGAGGGUGUACGGCGCCCUCAUGUGGUCACUGGGGAAGGUGAUCAACACGCCAGAGGUGUGUCGAGUUUAUCUGGGAUCCUUCUGGGCCAAACCCCUGCAGAACACCGAGAACAGGCGUAUGUUUGAGGCGGAGUCUCAGGACCUGUUCAGGGACAUCCAGAGUCUCCCGAGAAAUGCGGCGCUCCGUAAACUCAACGACCUCAUCAAGAGAGCGCGGCUGGCCAAGGUGCACGCUUACAUCAUCAGCUACCUGAAGAAGGAGAUGCCGUCUCUGUUUGGGCGGGAGAAGAAGAAGGAGGAGCUGAUCAUGAGGCUGCCGGAGAUCUACACCCACCUCCAGAGGGAGCACCACAUCAGCCCCGGAGACUUCCCCAACGUGGCCAAGAUGCAGGACAUGCUGCAGCACUACGACUUCAGUAAGUUCCCGUCUCUGAAGAUGAAGCUGAUCGAGUCGGUGGAUAAGAUGUUGGCCACCAAGAUCGCCGGCCUGAUGUCGAUGAUCCGGGAGGAGGAGUCCAAGCAGCCGCCGGCGAUGGUGUCGGGCGGCGCCUUCGAGGGCUCCCAGGACGGGCCGUUCGGCCAGGGCUACGGCGAGGGCAUCAGCGCCGGGAAGGACGCCGACGACUGGAUCGUCAGCCGCGAGAAGCACCGCUACGACGAGAUCUUCUACAUGCUGAUGCCCGUCAACGGGAAGAUCACCGGCGUCAACGCCAAGAAGGAGAUGAUGAACUCGCGGCUGCCCAACACCGUGCUGGGGAAGAUCUGGAAGCUGGCCGACUGCGACCGCGACGGCAUGCUGGACGACGAGGAGUUCGCCCUCGCCCAGCACCUCAUCAAGGUCAAACUGGAGGGCUACGAGCUGCCCAACGACCUGCCCGACCACCUGGUGCCGCCAUCGCACCGCAAGAACGACUCCGAGGACGCCAUGUACAACCACAGCGAGGACUAGAGCCGCCCGGAGAGACUGACGGAGCCGACAGGAAGUCCAAAUGUACAAAAUCACCAGAGUUCUGCUGCUGAGGUUCAGACUGACCCGAGACGGACCUCCACCAACCGCACAGGAAGUCAAAAUAUACGCUUUUAUUGUGGUAAGGUUUCGCAUUCUGUACAGUUCAGCUGAUUUUAACUCACCAAAGAAGAAACAUAUUGUCAUAUUCUUCCAAUCCUGCUUCAAUUUAGUGCCUUUAUUUUGAAAUUGUUUCUAAGACAUGUCUUUAAUUUUCACUUCCUGUCCUGAUUGCCCUUCAUGUUUUGCUUCUAAAUGACACAACAAAUUAUAAAAUCACCUCCUGCAUUAUAUUAAUUUACAGAAACAUUUCUGACUAUCAAAAUAAAAGUGGGAAAGGGUUAGUCUAUUUUUUUCAACAUCAUAAAAUGAGUUACCUCUUCUUUUUUCUUUCCAUCUUCUGAACAUAAUAGAGUAUAAUUGUAGUAUUCUCAUAUUUUACCAAUCCUGCUUUAAUUUGGACACUUUUAUUUGAAAUAGUUUUGAUGUAAUAAUUGAUCUUUGACUUUCUGUCCUAAUUUUCCUUCAUGUUUUGCAUUUGCAUGUCUAAAUGAUGCAACAAUUGAUAAAAUCACCUCCUACUUUAUAUUAAUUCAUAGGAACAUUUAUCAUACUGAGCUUUGACCUUCAGAAUAAAAGUGGGAAAGGGUAAGACAGUGUUUUUAUUUUAUUUAAUCUAUGUCAUUAAAUCUGCUUCCUGCACAUAACGGGGUAUAAAUAAGUCCACUUUGAUUAUCGAUAUGUAAUUUGUAUGUGAGGAUAAAAUUAUAAUGUAUUCUCAUAUUUAACCAAUCCUGCUUUAAUUUGACA